AUGGCCAUCAAAUCGCUGUUCAUAAUAAACAAGUCAGGAGGCUUGGUGUAUCAUAGGGAUUUCAUUCCUUCUCCUAAAGAGAAAUUAUCGAGCAAUGAGCAUCUAAUCCUUGCGGGGACCCUACAUAGUGUGGUCGCAAUAGCAAGCCAACUAACACCGAAAGCAUUACAGUUGUCAAAGCAAGCUAGCAAUUCUCAGUCCGUAAGUGCAAAUUCGAACGGUGGUGCAGCUGGAGCAUCAGCUGCCGUAUCUACAAACGGAUCGUCAUUAACAUUAGGACCAGCCGAUCACGUGAUACCAUACGUUCCCGGUGUUGGAACUGAAGCGAAUGGCAAUUGUACGCCAGGGCAACCUAUUGGUUCGUAUCUUGCGCCGGAUUACUUUUCCGAGAGCUUCCCAAGUUGGAAUAAGUCAGGUUUAAAGAACGUUGUUACUGACGACUUCUCGUUCUUUGUAUACCAAGCUCUAACAGGCAUAAAGUUUGUGCUUGUAAGUACUCAACGCACGACAUCAAAUAGGGCAAUACAAAUAGCGGAGAAUAUACUAAGGAAAGUAUACUGCAUUUACUCUGACUAUGUUAUGAAGAAUCCCUUCUACUCUGUAGAUAUGGCAAUUCGGAAUGAGCCAUUUGAUAAAAAACUACAGGCAUUAGUGGAAAGUCUUUAA